CGCAGAGCAGCACAGCAGAGAGACCCUCUCCACUUUCGCCGGAAUUACCGUUUCCUCUCCUUCUGAACAGACGUGCUCUCUAAAUGAAGCUUGCUUCUUCUUCGUGAUUUCUUCGCCAUGAGCUGCUUGGAUGUGAUGUACAAAGUGUUUGGUCCUCAGCCUUAUUUCACCUCCUACAGCCCUUAUCACCACCAGAAACUGGCCUUGUAUUCCAAAAUGCAAGACCCCCAGGACAGCGCCAGCCGGCUCGGCCCUGUGGGCCCCCCGGCCAUCAAGGAGGAGGACAAGGAGCUGCCCCCAGGAGCAGAGUACCUGAGCUCCCGCUGCGUCCUCUUCACUUACUUCCAGGGAGACAUCAGCGCCGUAGUGGACGAGCACUUCAGCCGAGCCCUGAGCCACACAAGCGUGUACUCGAGCAGCCACAAGGCCGCGAGAGAUGGACCCUUCCCAAUGAGCCAGAGAAGUUUCCCUCCGUCUUUCUGGAACAGCUCGUAUCAGCCGUCCGCCUCCUCCGCGCUGGGCGGCGCUCUGUCAGCUCCCCACACAGAGCUUCCAUUCCCGGGGGACCCGUACUCCUCCGCCUCCUUGCACAGCCACCUCCACCAGCCGAGCCCCGACUCCUGGCACCCGUCCCACCACCACCACCACCACCACCACCAUCCUUACUCACUAGGGGGCUCGAUAGGCGGCCAGGCCCCAGCCUACCCGCGCCCGGGGGUCCACGAGAUGUACAGCACGGCGUUCGACCCGCGUUACGGCUCUCUGCUGGUGCCCUCGGUGAGGCCUCAUCACCGCCUGGCGUCCGGCAGCUCGGUACCGGGGCCCAGCACCUCGCCCUGUGUCCUCGGAGGGAAGGGGGAGUCAGGGACGGGUUCGGCCUGGAGCGGCGCCUUCACCGGAGCCGGGGCGGAGAUUGGACUCAACAUGGACACAGGUCUGCAGGGACAAGAUAAGAGCAAGGAUUUGUAUUGGUUUUAGAGACUGCUGAGACCCCCCCCACCCCCCUUUCCUCCUCCCAUCCCCCCACACUUAACUCCUACUUGGGCUUUAGCCUCUUUCCUCCACUCCAUGUUGACUGAGGAUGACUGACGGACAAACUGACAGUCAGUCGCACAGCAGUUUUUGUGCUGUAACUGCUUGUGGUCUACUUACAGCUCGGUGCUACGGGGGCCUGUGCGGCGGCGGCGGCGGCGGCUCAGGCCCGCCGAGCUGAGACGCCCAUCGAGUGGAUUCAAAAAAACGAGCGCGGAGACCAAAAAAAAACGGAUCGCGUAGGACAGACAGAGAGUCGGCUCUUGACGGAUGUGGACAAAAGACAAGACUCUUUGUGUAACAGGCAGGGACAACAUUCCUAUGCUGGAAAAAAAAAAAAAACGUCUGGGGACAGAAACACGUGUUGUCCACCUCGAAAAAGGCCAGCGCUUGGAGACUUGGCAGGACUUGUCUCGCUGGGACAACUGGGCAACAGACACUGGGAGUGUUGUGGCUGGAGGGACGGCCGCACGGCAAGGAUGUGGUGGACUGCCAGAGGGCAGGAGUCCGAACACUUUGGUUUACACGGAGCGUAUUGGUUCAAUGUCGACUGAAAAGACUCAGUAUUUUGUGGCACUGUAAACGUUAAAUUAAACAGUUUUGACUGAUGACGAAUGUUAUUUAAGUAAUGAUUUCACAAAGUGUUUCAAAUAACAGCAGCAGACAACCAUAGCUGUGUCCAAAUGACAUGCUGUGUACAAAGUCUGGGCACCUUUUAAGCAGAUAGAAGGAAGUAAUUCAUCGUGCAACACAAUUGUGAGCCGUUGAAUUUAGACUAUGGUCCUGUACUAAUUGAUUUGUAACAAAGUAUAGCGUACAGACAAUCUGACUGAUUUGAAUUAGGAAAAGUACAACAUUUGCUGCUUCUGUCUGUUUUAAAUGAUUUUACGAUUCACCCACUUUUUUUAAACCAUCAAUUAAUCUAUUGGAUAACAACGGAUUAAUGAAUAGGUACAAUUCUACGUAUGACAAUCAGUUUUGUCCUUAUUUAAAUAUUAUUCAAACUGUAUAUACGCUCACUGCCGAAUGGGGUCACCUGCUUAUUUUGGUGAGAGAUGAGACCCGUUGUACAGAAACAUUUUUUAUUUUUACGAUACUGUCAGGUGUAAGUUGUAAAGAUCUUUCAAUGUGGUUGGAUUUUUUUUUAAAGUGCGCUUUUGAAACCUUGCAGCAGCUGAGGAACAACUACUACUCCCUGCGUCCAUGUCGAAUGUCAUCAAAGUCCAUACAAUGUAAAUCUGUUUGAUGAGCUCAUCUGCUUAAACAAAACCUUUAACCCACAGCAGACAGGACAAAACUGUUCUCACCGGAGCAGCCAGCGUUGGACCUGAAACAUCGCGCUGACUGUGUCAACAGAGAAAUGCAAACCUCACACUAGUGGCGUCUGAGCGAGAGGAGGGAGGCAUCCUCUGAUGAUUGAGGAGAACGACGGCUAUUUGAAGCCGCUUGACUCUUUCCCCUCCCUGCUCCCGUGCAGCUGUCAACGACAACUGCUCUUCAACUCAGUGAACACACACGCACACCGCCGCACACACGCGCACACACACACACACACACGCACACACCACCAGUUCUUUGUGUGGGCCAAUGAAGCUAGAAUGAAACAAAACAUAAAAAACAGAUUGCGUGGCUCUGGUUGUGGGCACCACUCCCUGUUACUAAGCAAAAUGUGGUUAUUUUUUAAAGGUUUUUCUGAUACCCAAAGAAGGGUUAGAGUUUUACUUAGCCCAAGUCAGCCCAAAGCAACUCGUCAAACAGUUUUGAUGGGAGGUCUUCGCAUCCUGUUUUAAACUCACUUGCCAAUGUCAAAGCAUUCGCAUUAUUUGCAUUUGAUAUGAUUCAAAAUCUGUUUUGACAAAAACUGAUCAAAUGGACUAAACAUUGCUACAAUUAUCCUCUCAGUAAAUGAACAUUAACCUUAAGAUUAAAUAGAUCCAUCUACUUUAUUAAUAACUCACAAACCACAUGCAUUGUGAAUCAAUUUGUUUAUAAUAUUCCUGCAUAGUGCUUCAAACACAAGCAAGUAUUUAUUAUGUCAUAAGUGUUCAAAUAUGAGAUGAUGCUAGAAUUACUUUAGCACAGAACUAAUGACAUCCUAAGCAUGUUAAUUACGCAAAAUGGCUAAUCAACAAGAGCUGCUGGUGAUGCUGUUACAACAAUGUAUGGAAAUGACUUGAGUUUGCAGAGGUCACAGCAGCUGAUCUGACAUUUUUACUUAUAUAACUGCACUUUACUAAGAGCUGGAUCUGGGACUUCCUGAAACCGUUUAUAACACAAUACUUACCCAACUGCUCAUAAUCGUACAUGAAAAUGAUGAACAAUUGUUUCCUUUUGUAAGAUGUGAUCGAACUUUAGAAUUGGUUCUUAAGAUUUUUCCAGUGAACAAAACAAAGCUCUUGUUCUGCUUCAAAUGCUUAAAAGCAUACUGCAAGGCAUGCUAUGACAUUUACUUUGACCUAUACUGGAUUUGUCCCUGAAAAAUAAAGUAAAAGGGGACCGACAUUCUUACUGUUAAAAAAUCAUGUUGUCACUCAGAAUUUCAAAGAAUCACCUUAUUUUUAUGCAUAAGUUUGUGGCUUUUACAAUACUUAACAACUGUUUUUAAACAACAAAUCAUCAUGUCUGCAUUAAUUUGGAAGGAUAGGUGCCAAACUUGGAAAAUAUUUUUUCUGUUUGUGACAGCUCGUGUCCCUCAUUACGGCAGAAUUGGAGCAUGAUGUCCAAUCAGUGCAAUGUGUCCUUCUUCUAUAAUAAAAUGAAUAAUAUAAUAUCAAACUGACAGCUAUACUAACAUAUAUUUACAUCAUACACGACAAUUCUAUUGCAAUUGACCUCAAGUUAUGUUAAUGCCUGA